CACUCAAAUCCAUUGAGAAACACCAAAGUUACAGUCAAUUGAAUGCCAUAUGAAAUGUAUGGGUAGGCUGCCCCCUUAAGCUGUUGAUAUACCUCGGGCCGUCUACACCUUCCGCUUUUUUGCCUCAACCAUCACCCACCAGAUUAACACAUCUACUGUUCAGCCGCAGUUCAAUCCUGUCAACUACAGCACUCAGACACCGAUCGGUGUGGCUGGUCUAAUCAGCCCCUGGAAUCUACCGCUGUACUUGCUGACAUUCAAGAUUGCCCCAGCCCUGGCUGCGGGCAAUACAGUUGUGGCAAAGCCCAGUGAAAUGACAUCAGUCACUGCAUGGAUGAUGUGCAAGGUGUUCCAGGAAGCAGGCCUGCCAGCCGGUGUGUGCAACGUGGUGUUUGGCACCGGCGCAGUCACUGGCCAGGCGCUGACCUCGCACCCAGAUGUACCUGUCAUCUCAUUCACUGGUGGAACGGCAACGGCCGAGGUGAUUCGUCGCACCAUAGCGCCGUUCAAUAAGAAAGUGUCGCUGGAGCUGGGAGGCAAGAACCCAUCCGUGGUGUUUGAGGACGCUAAUCUAGAUGAGUGUGUUGCAACACACCUGAGGUCCUGCUUUGCCAACCAGGGAGAGAUCUGUCUGUGCACUAGCCGCGUCUUCGUUCAGGACACUAUCUACGAUCUGUUUGUGGAGAAAUUCGUGGCUGCAACACGCACUCUGACAGUGGGUGAUCCGAAAGCAGCCGGCACCAAGGUCGGUGCCUUGAUCAGCGCUGAGCAUCGUGACAAGGUGAAGUCGUACAUUGAGAUUGGCCGUAAGGACGGACGCGUGUUGUGCGGUGAGGGUGUGGAUGCACCAGUGCAGUUGCCAGAAGGAUUGCAAAAGGGGUACUAUGUUCAACCCACUGUGAUUGUAGGCUGUCCAGAUUCCUCACGCUGUAUGCAGGAAGAGAUAUUUGGUCCUGUUGCAUGUAUCAGCAAGUUUCAUUCACAAGAGGAGGUGAUAGAACGUGCCAAUGGUGUCAAGUAUGGCUUGGCAGCGUGUGUCUGGUCGAGAGAUAUCUCCAGAGUGCACACUGUUGCUCAUGAACUGCAUGCUGGGACUGUGUGGACAAACUGUUGGAUGGUGCGUGAUCUGAACAUGCCCUUCGGAGGCAUGAAAGCCAGUGGUACAGGACGAGAGGGAUUCAAGGACUCCAUGGAGUUCUUCACCGAGUCCAAGACAAUCUGCAUCAAGAUGUGAUAUCUGAGCGUAGGCUGAGCGGCACAUGACCUGAUACCUCUGCCAUACACAUGCACAUGUGUGUGAUUGGACACGAUCACAGAAGGACUGGUUGUGCAAGUGCAAGUUACAGUGCUCUGGAAGAGACAACUGUGAGUUUUCCCUGAUGGUGUCGCCAUGCAUAGUACAGUGCUGUGAUUUGCUCAUUGCUAUUAUGCCAAGAUGGCCAACUACAACUACAAGGGGACGUACCAAGAUGGCCAUCUACAAGGGGACGACUUGCACGUGUGCAUAUGCGGCUCUAGUCAUGUAGGUACUGCGGCGGGCAUAGGCACAAUCGGCGUUCACCUGUGCCAUAGUGUGUUGUCUGACAUGCCUUGGUGUUGGCUGCGGGCAUCCAGCACACCUACCUGUGUCACCAGUGUGUGUGUGUAGGCAUUUCUAGUUUUGUUUCCGUAGUCACUUCAGUUGUAGGGUCAGGGCAUGCUGUAUGUAUUCUGUGUUGUGUAGUACAACGUGCAGUGCAGUAUGCAUGCUGUGUUGUGUAGUACAACGUGCAGUGCAGUAUGCAUGCUGUGUUGUGUAGUACCUAGUACUAGCAAUGUUGCACGGAUGUGAGAAGCAUCAUGUACAUGCGUGAGUGUGACACUGGCAAUUAUUUGUUCUGUGCAUUCUACCUCGAAGUAACUUUCCUACGAUUUCAUAGUCAUUGAGUGAAAUGCUGUAUGAAUAAGUGAAAAAUGCUAACCUAAGUAUCUAUUAUUGCACGAUUAAAGAGGUCAAUAUAUGAAAUAUAGAACGAGUAAAAGACCGAGGUCCCCCGAGGUCUUUUACGAGGUCUAUAUUUCAUAUAUUGACCGAUUAUGAGGGCAAUAAUAGAUUUAUCACGACAUAGCAUACCUAAAACUGUUUUUGCUUAUAUACAGUAUUCGAAAUUGUUGGCAAAGAUGAUGGCUGGAUUUAUGUUUUAAGGAUUUUUCUUGAGUUUGUCUCUGGUUUUGAUUGUACAAGUACAUUAAUUUUAGGCUAGAGGCCGAUAAAGGCUAUUCGUUCUAUGGCGCUUAUGAUUGCAUUUCUUUUUGCUUUGUACUUUUAAAAUGUCUUACAAUCCAAUCUUUUCCUGUUUCUUGUUAAUAUAAACUUGAAAUCUG